UUGCACCAGUUGGUUCUGUGCCACUGAGCAGUCAUGAACGGAUGCAGGCAGAUUUCUGGAUCGCGCGUCGUGCAAGGAUUGUUUCUUGCUGUUGCUCUCUCCACUGGUCUCAUUGAUCAAACGAUUGCCAAGAGCAGUCCGAUGGAAGAGAUCGAUGUCAUUGACGAGGCGGGACUUUCCCCAUCGGUCGCUCUGCAAACAGCACGUGUUGCCUACGACUUGGACGUGGGUAUGCCACCGAUCUACAAGUUCGACGCUCCAGACAGAGUGUUUCGCGUAGGCAAAGAGCAAACAGAACGGUUUGUGGCCGCCGUCAAGGAGGCGAAAGGAUUCACGUUCACUGCAAACAUUCGGCCUGCAAGCAAGAGCGGCAAGGGAAUUUUACUGUCGGUCGACGAGCCGUUUUCGUAUAAGCCCGCCUAUAUGCGUUUCUGCUACGACGCAGGAGCAGGGAAGUUUCUCAUCGAGUACAGCACUAAAGGCAACAAUGUCUACACGUGGUUUCGCAAGGUUUAUCUCCGCUCGGAUGAAAUGAAUCGAAUUGUUUUAGUUGUGCACGUGCUAGACGUCAUUCUCUUUGUCAACUGCCAAUUGGUCGGUAGUGCCAAGCUGCAAGGACCAAUCUACGAGACGCCGCUGGGUAAACAGGCGGAGUUUCGCUUGGGAAGAACGACCGCAAAAAUUUGGAACCAGCCGCCAUACAAGGGUGACAUGCAAGAAAUGAAAUUUAGGUUCAAAGAUGUGUCACCAGAAGCUCUUGGGAGUUAUUGCUCUGCACGUGAGAAGAGAGACUAUCUGAAGGCGCUGCUUACUAUGAAUGGAUGUGCCAAUUGCCCAUUUGCCAGCCAACUUGUUGAUCUAUUUGAAGGCAUGACCAAACAGCUAGAGGACUUGAAUAGAAAUCUACGUUGGAGGAUCCAGUCAAAACCAAGCUUUGGAGAAAUUUCUGGAUCACUAACUGCUAGUGAAGGCAAUUGCAGGGAUCGUACAACAGGGUAUAACUAUUAUCAUGGGGAAACCUGGGCGUCUGAUUCGUGCAGGAAUUGCUCUUGUCAUAGGGGGAAAAUCACCUGUUUGGCAGUCAAGUGCGGUGCGUUAAAUUGUGACUUACCUUACAUUUUGCCUAAUCAAUGCUGCCCAUCUUGCAAGGUUUUAGCAUCUUCAGUUGAAAUUGCUCUAUUUGGAAAUGAAACUGGAUUAGGAAGGAGACAAGAUCCCACUUCACAUCCCAAUGUCAUUGAACCAGCUGUUACUUGGGGUGAUUGGGGACCAUGGGGCUAUUGUAGCAAAUCAUGUGGAGGUGGCAUCAAGAAGAGAAUGAGGAGUUGUAACAGACUUACUGGGCAUCCGGGAGGUCACAACUGUCUGGGUGCAGUAGUAGUGACAGAGCUGUGUCACCAAUCUCCCUGUCCAAUUGAUGGGGGUUGGUCAAGCUGGGGAGAAUGGUCACGCUGCUCGACUAGUUGUGAGGAGGGCAUUAGAGAGAGAGAUAGGGAAUGUGACAAUCCUACUCCUGAUAACGGUGGCAUUGAAUGUAUUGGAGACAACAAAGACACCAAAAGUUGUGUUCUACUCAAAAAAUGUCCUGCUCCUUGCACUCCAAACCCAUGCUUUGAGGGAAUACUAAAGUGCACCGCAGAUGGAUUUAACUUCACUUGUGAAUCAUGUCCACGUGGAUAUGAAGGAGAUGGAGUAAUCUGUGAGGACGUUAAUGAGUGCAAACAUGUGCCAACUGCUUGCCACCGUCUGACGUCAUGCAAAAAUAAGAAACCUGGUUAUCGAUGCACUCCCUGCCCAUCUGGUUAUAAAGGAGGCGCAAUAAAGGGAAAUGACCUGAAAGACGCCAAAAGAAAUAAACAGAUUUGUGAAGAUAUUGAUGAGUGUGCUAAGAAUAAUGGAGGAUGCCGCCAUGCUCCGUGCAUCAAUACAAAUGGCAGUUACUAUUGUGGACCCUGUAAUCCUGGUUAUUCUCGUGAAGGACAAAGCGACGGUCAAUGCAUUCUUGUUAAUAUUUGUCCUCUUGGAUGGCACAACUGCACAGGAAGUUUUAGAUGCCAGCCAGCAGGGAACUUGUCAUUUGUUUGUGUGUGCCCUGAUAUUGGACAUAUUUCCAGAAAUGGCACGUGCCUCAAGGACACCGACAUUGAUGGUUACCCAGACUUGGCAAUCAAAGGAUGUACCGAAAAGUGGUGUAAAAAGGAUAAUUGUCCAUUAGUUCCUAACAGUGGACAAGAGGACUACGAUGGCGAUGGCAUGGGGAAUGCCUGUGAUACUGAUGAUGACAACGAUGGAUUCAAAGAUGAUGUGGACAAUUGUCCAUUGUUACAAAGCCCCAAUCAAGUUGAUUUAGAUAAGGAUGGAGUGGGUGAUGUUUGUGACAACUGUGUUCGAGUUAAAAAUCCGUACCAAGAGGACUUCGAUAAGGACUUGCUUGGCGAUGCUUGUGAUCCAGAUCCAGAUAAAGAUGGCAUUUUCAGUACACAUGACAAUUGUCCUCUGGUGCGAAAUGAUCAGCAGUAUGACUAUGAUCAAGAUCGAGUAGGCGACCACUGUGACAACUGCCCUUAUGUGUCCAAUACUGAUCAAAAUGACAGAGAUUUUGAUUUGGUAGGAGAUGCAUGUGACUUGGACACAGAUAGGGAUCAAGACGGUGUUCAAGACGGUCUUGAUAUGUGUCCUCGAGUACAAAAUGCUAAUCAAGCAAACCAUGAUGAUGAUUCAUAUGGUGAUGCGUGUGAUAACGAUGAUGACAAUGAUGGUUUCAUUGAUCGUCGAGACAAUUGUCGUCUUGUCAGAAAUGUAAAGCAAGAAGAUGUCAAUGGUAACGGUAUUGGAGAUGUUUGUGAAAAUGAUUAUGAUGGAGACACAUUUGCUAAUGACAUCGAUGUGUGCCCAUACAACAGAGAAAUAGAUCGUGUCGACUUCAUGAAGUUUCAAAAUGUGCCAUUACAUCGUAAGCAGCCAUUAUGGAGAAUUCAAGCAGAUGGAGCAGAAAUUAUUCAAGAGAGAGCAAACACUGCGGGACUAGCUGUUGGCUACCACAAAUUUUCUAGUGUUGAUUUCAAUGGAACCUUAUUUGUGAAUACCGAUCAUCACGACGACUAUUUUGGAUUUGUGUUCAGCUACCAGAGCAAUAAACGAUUCUAUGUGGUUUUGUGGAAGAAAACUAAGGAACUACGACGAUAUGGAAAGGCAUCAUAUAUGGCCCUUCCCGGAGUUCAAAUCAAAGUGGUGAACUCUGUUACAGCAGCAGGUUCAGCUCUUGAACGUGCUUUAUGGUAUACUGGAUCAACACGUAGACAAGUAAAUCUGUUAUACCAUGAUCCUAAGCAGACACCAUGGAAAAGCAAUACAGCAUACCGUUGGAUGCUGAACCAUGAUGUAGACAGCAGUCGAAUGAGGUUGCGGAUCUAUGAAGGCGGUGAUGAAAUUAUUGACACUGGUUUACUUUAUGAUCGGACAUUACGCGGCGGUCGAUUAGGUUUCUUUGUACUUUCACAACCUCAAGUGAUAUGGUCUGAUUUGAGCUACAGAUGCAAAGAUUAACCUGACUGGUUUGUGAGGUAUCUACUGAUGAAUAUUUCCACAGAAAUCUAAUUGGAGGAGUUUGAGAAGAGGCAAUCAAUUUGUAUUCUAGGAAACUAUAGUUACAUUAGUAAUACAUGCAUCUAUACUUCUAGCAGACUUUUUGGAGUUGUUUUUAAAGUUUGUUUGACAAUGGAUACUGAGAGGAGGUAGAGACACAUGAACUCAACAUAUUAUGACGUAUAAGCGGACUUGCCUAUGUAUAGACUACAUAGUAUGAGUUUUGUUAGAAUUUGGAAGAAGUGAGCCAAGCUACAAGAUUA